UUCCAAGAAGAGCCACUCGUGUAGAGCCAUUCUCAGGAGCAACCCAUUGCACUGCACCCCAUAUGGAAGAGGAAAUUGCUACUCAACUUGAAAAACUUGACGCCCCUUCCCUACACCUGGACAUUGGCAAACCACAGACUUUUCUCAUUGCACUAUAAAAGGCUUCAUGGGCUCUGUGUGAAUUCUUCUUGAAGGGAGAAAGACUCACCUAAAUAGACCAGUGGAUAUUUGUUCUACUUCCCAACAAAUAACCACUUUGUGCGACUCAGAGACUUAAAGACUUUCGUCGCAUGGGAGAGCAAGGACUAGAUAUUUAACAUUCUUUGAUCUACCUGCAUUCUUUUUCCAACCUCCCAAACAUCCUAGGAAAUCAAGCCUAACAAACGGCGAGGUAAAACAGCGGGGACAUUGUGUUCCAACUCCUGCCAAAACCCCUGCCACCCGAAACACCAACCAGCGGGCAACAUCAAAGACCAAACCCUCUAACCGCCUCCCUCCCAUUCCUUACCCUCCAAAACUAAAGCAGAGACCAAACAGUUGUGGGUGAGAGAGCAGAGAAACAGAGAGAAUACAAACAAACUGCAGGAAGUGCAAGAGAAAUCGAGGGCAAAGAUUUGAGAUCACGCCUUGGGACUGCCAUGGUGCGAGGUGGCGGUGCGGCUAUAGCGCCGCCCUGCUGGGGCCUGUGGGCGGUGGGCGCCCUUUCGCUGGCGACCCUGUGUCUGACGGAGGAGGCCAUCCGCUGCCCCGUGUGCUCUGAGGAGCGGCUGGCCAGCUGCCAGCUGCCUGAUGGCAGCUGCGAAGAGACGGUGAGGGAGGCGGGCUGCGGCUGCUGCCCCACCUGCGCCCUGGCCAAGGGGGUGCACUGCGGCGUCUACUCGCCCCGCUGCGGCACCGGGCUCCGCUGCUAUCCGCCACGGAACGUGGAGAGGCCCCUCCACUCGCUCAUGCAUGGCCAGGGAGUGUGCACCGACGAGAGGGAUGUGGAAGAGAACUCAGCGAUGGACAGGCACGAUGAGACCAUCCCUGAGCACCCCAACAACAGCAACAUCCGCUGCAGUCCCCAGGACAAGCGCUGCAUCCAGAAGACCCUGGCCCGCCACCCCGCCAAAUCCACCAAUCAGAGAAGCAACAACGCCAGGGAGGACCCAAAGGCUGCCCUGGCUCCAUGUCGUGCUGAGCUGCAGAGAGCGCUGGACCGACUGGUGUCCAACACUCGCACCCAUGAGGAUCUCUACAGUAUCCCCAUACCCAACUGUGACAAGAACGGAGACUUCCAUGCCAAGCAGUGCCAGCCAGCACGUGACGGGCAGCGGGGAAAUUGCUGGUGUGUCGACCAGAAGACGGGCAUGAGGCUGCCAGGGCCCCUGGAGCUGCGGGGGGAACUGGACUGCCACCAGCUAAUGACUGCAACCAUGAGAGAGUGAGGAUGGGACCGGCGGGGCCCCUGGGGGGCCAGGGCUAGGGCUUAGGGCCAGCCAAAUUCUACUGGUGCUGUUUAGUUACAACUAUGGAAGGAAAGGACUUAACCCUAAAGCCUCACUUCACGUGAGGCUAACGGUACUUGUUUGAUAUGAAAAAGAUAAAAGGAAACCAUAGAAUUUUACUAUUGUUUGUUUUCGUGUGUGAGCGUAUGUCUGUAUGCAUCUUUUUGAGCACAUGUGUGUAUUUUACAUUUCUGUGAAGUUAGGCAGAUGCUCUUGCUUUAAAUAACAGGUGGCAAACAACAGACCCCCGAAUAAAAGUGUUGUAAGCAUUCUUCUCAAAACAGGACAACAUUGGUUUAGUGUAGUCUAGUUGAACUCUGAUUUCCAUCUCUUAGCCUCUUUGAAACAAAAAACAGAAAAUCUUUACGCAAUGAGUUAAGUGUCCUAACAUGACUCACCAUCGACCAUUCAGCAGCAGCUGUGGAAAAGAAUGACUAUUGGGAGUGUGUAUGAGAGAGAGAGAAUUACCAAUUGAUGAUAAGCCGCAGCUUUUCACAACACUUGGAGACAUGAAGUGAAAAGAUAGAUUACUUUUGAAAGACUAAACUGUACCUCUGAGAGGAGCCCAGAAUAGAUGUGCUUUACCGCUACCCCCUCCCUUCACUCCCUUCUCUCCGCUUCCCCCCUUCUCUUUGACUGGGAGCUCUCUCUCUCUCUCUCUCUCUCUCUCUCUCUGGUUUAUUUGUCCAGGGGGACUGGCAUCAUAGCUGGGCUCGGGACUCUGUACACUGCUGAUAGGAUAAUCUUGUUUCUCCAGCUGGGGCUGAAGUGCUAAGACGCCAGUGCUGCUGCUCUCAUGUUUGUAUGAAUAUGCUUCUAUAUACAGGAUUUCUUUCCAACCAAGAGACUGCUUGUUGGCAGUAUUGUGUCAUUUAUAGUGGUGCUAUACACUCAUUGUGCCAAAAAAAAAGUUUUUUUUUCUUCUCCUGUGCUUUUUGGGGGAUUGUUUUUAGAAGGAGACAGAGUACAAACUCCCAGAUGAGGGGGGGGGGGUGAUCUUAGAAUAGCCUAGAUGUGUGACUGACCACAAAUACUGUCUAGUUGUCACACAAAUAUCUCCAAGUUUUUAUACUGCAUUGAUGAAAUAAAACAUACAAGUAAAUACACGGAUAUCAGUGGGAGCAUUACUGUAGUUAACCCGCCUGACUGUUUCAUGGACUAAUGUAGUGUGACUUUGCAUGAUUGUAGCACGUGUGGCUCGUGACCACUUCUCGCGGCUAGAAGGGAAGAGGACUUUAUGACUGCAAUGAUGAAAAAAAAAACACGCUCUAGACAGCCUCUGUAAUGGCUAGCUGGCUGAAACGUUCGGAGAAACGCCAGACGUCUAUAUAAUAGCAUUGGAAUCCUCACAGAGAGAUUGCAUCCUGCUCAUCCAUGGACUCCCUCCAGUACAUGGACUCCCUCCAGUACAUGGACUCCCUCCAGUACAUGGACUCCCUCCAGUACAUGGACUCCCUCCAGUACAUGGACUCCCUCCAGUACAUGGACUCCCUCCAGUAUAAGAGAACACCCUCGACUUUUACUCUGGCAGAGCCAGUUAUCGCGUUCGACGUCAUCGAUGAAGCAGUAUACGAGCCAAGGAAUCAUUGAUUUGUAUUAUUAUGUGGACAAACUCCCUAGUGCAUACUCCUACAUACCUUCCACAUACACUACAUGGACAAGACUGUUAACAUCCUUACAGCGAUUUGAUUGUACUGUAUUGCAAACGGGUGGAAAAGAUUGGUGAUGGGUUCCCUCGGGUUAUGAUCUAUGAUGUGAUUGGUUGAUUGACCGACUCAGGCUUGACCUGUGGACCACAGGGAGUGUAGGAGAGAAGACGGCCCUUGAACACAGGACAGUCUGACCAGUGAGUUCAGCGAGGUCGGUCGUUUGUCAUUUCUAGAAAUGGAUAGUGCACUGAAUCCCCCUGAGAGAUUUGGGUUACUAAUUGACUCCAGGGAGGAUUCAUCUCGCCGGGACAUUCAUUAUUGGUGUUAACAGUACACUGGCACAGUUAGCUUCCUGUAGAGCGAGGCGAGGGGACAGGGCCGAGAGGGUAAACCAGACGGACGUGGGCAGCAGUUGUCCUGCUUCCUCUUUCAAGAACUGAAAGAAGAGUGCAGGACAGGUUGUUCAAAAACGGACUCCUACAAAUGAUAGGCAGCUCUUUUUGUCAGCUGAGAUGUGAGCAGAUGGACUAGAGGGAGAGGGAGCAGAGACGGUGUGAGUAGAUGGACUAGAGGGAGAGGGAGCAGAGACGGUGUGAGUAGAUGGACUAGAGGGAGAGGGAGCAGAGACGGUGUGAGUAGAUGGACUAGAGGGAGAGGGAGCAGAGAUGGUGUGAGUAGAUGGACUAGAGGGAGAGGGAGCAGAGACGGUGUGAGUAGAUGGACUUGAGGGAGAGGGAGCAGAGUCGGUGUGAGUAGAUGGACUAGAGGGAGAGGGAGCAGAGACGGUGUGAGUAGAUGGACUAGAGGGAGAGGGAGCAGAGACGGUGUGAGUGACAGCGAGCCGGGGAGUUCCAGCUACAUUUGUGUCGCAACUGAUUUGCUCUCACAAAACCACAUUGUGUCCGUAAGGCACACAGCUUUUACCAUUCACUCUCUCUCUCUCUCUCUCUCUCAUACCCCUCUGGUUUGACAGAGGAGCCUAGAAGUCAUUCAAGGGCUUUCCUCUGGCUGUUAUCCAGAGCAGCAGAGCACAUACUGUAGCAAGUCCAACUAAGCCCAACAUAGCAAUGCCCCUCAACACGGUUGUGCUGUGAUUGCUGCCAUGGGGUAGUACAUCCUGGGACAGAAACAUCUAAUUUCAUUAGGCAACAUUGAAUAUUCACACCUCCCUGCCUGGGGACAAAGUAGAUAGAAAACCCUCUGCUACAUUACUAUUCAGAAUCACAAUAUCAAAGACAUUUGGGUCGAUGUGUGACAUGACUUGACAUGAGCCAGGCCAAAGAUACUUAUUGCGGACUUAGCCAACUGUACUGUAUCUGUAACUUGCUUCCUUGUAAAAAAAUAAAAUAAUAAAAAUAAUUGAAAAAAACGACCAAAGUUAUCCAAAGGGUCUAUGGGGAUAUUGCAUGGUAAUAGUGUUGUAGUUUACUUAGCAGUCCCUCAGUCAAUGACUUAUCUUCUGAACUAAUUACUAACCUGUAGACAUUUACUUAGCCUACAUUUGACCAAAACUUUGACCGACAAACAAACAUCCCCAGUGCGCUGGUUGAAUCGACGUCCAGUUUUGCCCGCUUUCUGGGUCAAUAACCUUGAAACUGAGCCUCUUGAUGAUCACUAAUUGUUCAUAUUAGCCUUUUCACAAAUGACAAGUCCCUCAAAUGUAUUUUUGGCUCUCUGAGGCUAUUGGGUGAAACAGGAUGCUCUUACUUUCUGCCACAUUCCACCAUGACAUCCACUAUUCCCCUAGAAUACCUAAGAGCAGAGUACCAUCUCAGCAGCCCCCAAGUGAAAAGCCCAUAUUCCAAAAGCUGGUCAUAUUUUCAUUGUAAAAAUUCCUUGUUCUUAAACCAUAAAUCACACAUAACUUCAACAAAGCGACUGAUGUCAUUCCCAACUAGAAAGACAUCGGAAAUGGUAUUAAGGAAGGAGGAUAUACUGUAGCUGAUAAGUUGAUUGUAUAUAUUUCAAAACACAAUGAAGUAACAUGAACAGUGAAAGGCUUCUCCAAAGAAGUUACAAGGAAGAGUAUUUUGAGGCAUGAAACCCCCAAAACUAUAGGAGUGCUUUGUGUACAUUAAAAUGUUGAUAUUCCCUUGUCAUGUACUGAAUGAAAAAACACCAUACAUAAGUCUAAGGCCUUAUCUUUACAAGUAGGCUGUCAUUGUAAAUACGAAUUUGUUCUUUACUGACUUGCCUGGUUACAUAAAAGGUAAAACAAAGUAAUAUCCUAGAACAUUCCAUUUCUAUGCUACUGUAGAUAUUAUCUCUAGGUAAAGUAGUGCUAUGUUUCAAGUCAAUGGUCCUGGUUUUCCUUUUGGAUCCAAGACCUUCAGUGUUUAAUUUACAUUCAACUGUGUAUACCUACACUACAUGACUUGAUCUCUAACUUUUGCUCUACUGUAUUUAGUAUUUCUGAGGGAUAUUCCUGUUUGCCUUGGACUUUACCUGUUAAUUCUACUGUAAAAAGAUUCAAGGUAACUUUAGCAUGUGUAGCCUAACUAUAUACUGGGUUUAAACAUGGCGAGAUCUUGUAGGUCCAGAACAGGGCCAUGCUUUACAAACAUUGAAGAAAACGCAGCAAGAAUGUGUGCUUGUUACAGAAUAAUGAUCUGGUUACCUUAGAAAUGUUUACUCUAUGAGAGAAUUGUACACAAUGUAUUAGAUCCAAUGAAAUUAUAAACGUGUAGCAUCUGA